AUGGUUUCAACGAGGCGAAGUGGAUCUCUCUCCGGAAAUAACAGCAAACGAUCGUCGUCUUCCGAGGACAAGCCUCCGUCACCAAAACGACAUAAGGUCGAAAAUGGCGGUGCUUCAGAGAAAGUGACGCCGGAGGUGGAUAAUUCGAAGGAGCUCUGUACGCCUCCUCCGGCGGCAGCCGAUCCCGGAGAAUGUGGUCUCGGCGAUUUUCCGGCCGCCGGAGACGGCGUAACUUCUGGGAAGACCGACGCUGCUACUCAAGCUGUCUCGGUCACGCCGCCGAUCGCCGAAGGGUCUACGCCUGUGGUGGAAAAGCCGAGGAGCGCAUUUUCGUCCUGGAGUUUUUAUCAGAAGCAGAGUCCUAGUUUCGAGACAUCGACACCUUGGUGCAAGCUUUUGUCACAGUCUGGACAGAACAUAAAUAUUUGUAUUUGCCCAAUGAAUUUCACAAUUGGUGCAAACAGACAGUGCAAUUUUUCUUUGAAGGACCAGACCAUUAGUGGGUUCCUGUGCAAGAUCAAGCGCACGCAGCGUGAGGGUGGAGCUGUAGCUGUUCUAGAAAGUACGGGAAGCAAGGGAUCAGUGCAGGUAAACGGGACAAAUGUCAAGAAAGGCAACAGCUGUGUGCUUAACCCGGGUGAUGAAGUGGUCUUUGGUUCUCUGGGCAACCAUGCUUAUAUUUUUCAACUACUUCUGACUGAGGCUGCAGUUAAGAGUUCAGAGGUUCAAAGUGGUAUUGGAAAAUUUAUUCCAAUGGAAAGGAGGGCAGGAGAUCCUUCAGCUGUGGCUGGGGCUUCCAUACUGGCUUCUCUUAGUUUGAGGCCGGAACUAUCACGAUGGAAGCCUGCAGCUCAGACCACAAGUAAAGUUCACCCAGGUGCUGAUGUACCAGCUCAGUCUGUUGUUCAAGAUGGUAACGAAGUUGAGCUCGAUGGCCUGGAAAGCAGCUCGACUCCAAACAGAGCGGCUGACAAAGCUGAAGAUAUUGGAGCAAUAGACAAGAAUCUUACUCUGGACUCCAACCACGAUUCUGGCAUAGAGGCAGGCAAUGUAUUGGAAGAAAGAAACGAGUGGACGAGGGAUUCGCAGUCGGCAUCAACGUCAGGCAUGUCUCUUCGGUGUGCUGUAUUUAAAGACGGCAUUCAUGCAGGCAUUCUCGAUGGAAAAGGCAUAGAUGUUUCCUUUGAUAACUUCCCAUACUAUUUGAGUGAGAAUACGAAGAAUGUGCUGAUUGCAGCUUCAUUUAUACAUUUGAAACAUAAGGAACAUGUGAAGUAUACCUCAGAGCUUACUACUGUGAACCCUCGCAUUUUGCUCUCUGGUCCUGCAGGGUCUGAGAUAUAUCAGGAAAUGCUGGCAAAGGCCCUUGCACAAUAUUUUGGGGCCAAGUUGCUCAUAUUUGAUAGCCACUCAUUUUGGGGUUUAUCAUCAAAGGAAGCUGAGCUGCUGAAGGAUGGAUUUAAUGCAGAAAAGCUCUGCAGCUUGACCAAACAAAGCCCCACACCCACAGAUGUGGCUAAAAACACUGAUGCAUCAGCUUCUGAAACAGAAGCACCGAGCUCUUCAAAUGCACCUUCGAAUGGCCUGGAAUCCGAACCAAAGAUGGAGAUUGACACCAUCCCCUCUUCCUCAGGGACAUCGAAGAAUUUCUUGUUUAAAAGAGGUGACAGAGUAAAAUUUAUUGGGUCAUCUUCUGGUGCCUUGUAUUCUGCAGCAUCUUCUUCACGGGGCCCGGCAAGCGGAACCCGGGGAGAGGUUGUACUGCUUUUUGAGGACAAUCCUCUGUCAAAAGUUGGCAUAAGGUUUGAUAAACCAAUACCUGAUGGUGUUGAUCUUGGGGGUAUAUGCAAAGGAAAUGGAUUUUUCUGCAAUGUCUCUGAUCUUCGACUGGAAAACACUGGUGCGGAAGAUUUGGACAAGUUACUUAUCAACACAUUGUUUGAGGCUGUACUUAGUGAGAGCAGGAGUUCUCCUUUCAUUUUGUUCAUGAAAGAUGCUGAGAAGUCCCUUGUAGGCAAUUCAGAUUCAUUUUCCACAUUCAGAGCCAGACUUGAUAAGCUUCCAGAUAAUGUGGUUGUCAUUGGUUCUCAUACUCAUACUGACAAUCGUAAGGAGAAGUCACACCCUGGUGGUCUGCUUUUCACAAAGUUUGGUAGCAAUCAAACUGCUCUUCUUGAUUUGGCUUUCCCGGAUAGUUUUGGAAGACUACAUGAGAGAGGGAAAGAGGUUCCCAAGGCAACAAAACUUCUGACCAAACUCUUUCCUAACAAAGUAACCAUUCAUAUGCCGCAGGAUGAAGCACUUCUUGUCUCAUGGAAGCAACAACUGGAUCAAGAUUCUGAAACCCUUAAAAUGAAGGGAAACCUGAAUCUCUUGCGCACUGUUCUCAGUCGAUGUGGAAUUGAAUGUGAAGGACUUGAGACUCUAUGCAUCAAGGAUCAAACACUUACAAAUGAAAGUUCAGAGAAGGUAGUUGGAUGGGCUUUAAGCCAUCAUUUAAUGCAGAAUCCUGAAGCUGAUCCACAAGAAAAAGUUGUUUUGUCCGGUGAGAGCAUCCAGUACGGACUUGAAAUUUUACAGGCUAUCCAGAAUGAAACGAAGAGCUUGAAGAAGUCACUUAAGGAUGUUGUAACUGAAAAUGAAUUUGAGAAAAGGCUUUUGGCUGAUGUUAUUCCUCCUAGCGACAUUGGAGUUACGUUUGAUGAUAUUGGAGCCCUUGAGAAUGUGAAGGAUACAUUGAAGGAAUUGGUGAUGCUUCCAUUACAAAGGCCGGAGCUUUUCUGCAAGGGGCAAUUAACCAAGCCUUGCAAAGGCAUCCUGUUAUUUGGCCCCCCUGGAACAGGCAAGACAAUGCUUGCGAAGGCUGUGGCUACAGAAGCUGGUGCAAACUUCAUCAACAUAUCCAUGUCAAGUAUCACAUCUAAGUGGUUUGGUGAGGGUGAGAAGUAUGUGAAAGCUGUUUUCUCGCUAGCUAGUAAAAUUGCCCCUAGUGUUGUAUUUGUUGAUGAAGUUGACAGCAUGUUGGGACGGCGGGAAAAUCCUGGGGAGCAUGAGGCAAUGCGUAAGAUGAAAAAUGAAUUUAUGGUAAAUUGGGAUGGUUUACGAACAAAAGAAGCAGAACGAGUUCUAGUACUGGCAGCGACAAAUAGGCCUUUUGACCUUGAUGAGGCCGUCAUUCGAAGGUUGCCGCGCAGGUUGAUGGUAAAUUUGCCAGAUGCUCCAAAUAGAGCAAAGAUAUUAAAAGUCAUACUAGCAAAAGAGGACUUAUCUCCCAGUAUUGACUUUGAUGCAAUUGCAAGCAUGACAGAUGGAUAUUCUGGAAGUGACCUUAAGAAUCUUUGUGUAACUGCUGCACAUCGUCCGAUCAAAGAGAUUUUGGAGAAGGAAAAAAAGGAGCAUGCUGUAGCUGUGGCAGAAGGUAAACCUGCCCCAGCUUUGAGUGGCAGUGCUGAUAUACGGUCUUUGAACAUGGAUGACUUCAAAGAUGCUCAUGAGCGGGUAUGUGCUAGUGUUUCAUCGGAGUCCGUCAACAUGACUGAGCUUUUACAAUGGAAUGAACUAUACGGCGAAGGGGGUUCUAGAAGAAAGAAGGCCCUUAGCUACUUCAUGUGA